UUUGAUGUCACAGAAGACUCCUCUUUUAUGUCAUCACAUGGGCCUUCUCCUAAAUAAAGAAGAAACAAUAAGCAGAUUUGAAACAAACACGUUACAGCAGCUGUGGUCCUCUGAAUAUGUGAUGGAAAGUGGACCCCUGGCGGUUAGAGAGGGAAACGGUCGCAGAGAGCUUAACGCGCUGCCGAGCAGGGAGGCGGCAACCGACUGUCACCCAGAGAGAGUAGAGGUUAGCUGUUUGUUCUGGUCGGAGGAAGAACAUCAAGGAGAUCCAGACAACAACAACAACAACAACAACAACAACAACAACAACAAUGGAUAGCGAGAACAAGAGGAGGCUGAGGGAGAGGUUUGGCCUGAGGAAGGACAUCUUCAAGGAGUUCCUGGCGGAGUUUCUGGGGAUAUUUGUCCUGAUACUCUUUGGAUGUGGUUCAGUGGCCCAGGCGGUGCUCAGUAAAGGGGCUCUCGGGGAGCCCUUGACCAUCCACAUAGGCUUCACUCUGGGAGUCAUGAUGGCCGUCUUCAUGGCAGGAGGAGUGUCAGGAGGCCACGUGAACCCUGCAGUCUCUCUGGCCAUGGUGAUCCUGGGGAAGCUGCCACUGAAGAAGUUCCCUGUGUACCUGGUGGCUCAGUUCCUGGGUGCUUUCGCUGGCUCCUGUGCCGUCUAUGGGUUGUACUAUGAUGCUUUGAUGGACUUUAGCGACGGAGAAUUACUUGUUACUGGUGCCAAUGCCACAGCCAACAUCUUUGCAUCUUAUCCUGCCAAACAUCUCUCCAUCCUAAAUGGGUUUGUGGAUCAGGUCAUCGCAACUGCCGCUCUGGUCCUGUGCAUCCUGGCCAUCACUGACAAGAAGAACAUUGGUGCCCCAAAAGGCAUGGAGCCUCUGUGCAUCGGCUUGGCCAUCCUGGGCAUCGGAGUGGCCAUGGGACUGAACUCCGGCUAUCCCAUCAACCCAGCCCGAGACCUCGGCCCACGGUUCUUCACGGCUGUGGCCGGCUGGGGCAUGGAUGUGUUCAGAGCUGGAGGCUGCUGGUGGUGGAUCCCUGUGGUUGGGCCCAUGGUUGGCGGAGCAGUCGGAGCCGGCAUUUACUUUCUCUUCAUUGAGUUGCACCACCAAGAGCCGGAAAAACUGGAGGAGACCAACAUGCAGGACAAAUAUGAAAUGAUAACCAUGAGUUAAAAAAAAAUUCCUCUAGAUCACAGGUUUUUUUUACAUUUCUACCUUACAUUCACAGUGGAUUGUUUAAUACAAGGCAUGCAUGUGACUCCACGAUGUCAGUCAUUUCUAUAAUAUGCAUGAAUGGAGUCUUUUCCUAGGAGGUCUCGGCUGUUUAUAGGUUUGAGGGUUUCUUUAAUCAAAGUAUUGAACUUGCUUACAAAAUAUAUUUUAAUUAGACGUCAUGUUUAGUUCCUUGAUGUUUUAAGUUUCCUCUGUUUUAUAUCGUAUACACAGUAUUCUUUAUUUUCUCCUUUUUCCUAACUGGGAAUCAUUUCCUCAUGUUAGAAAUAUUUGCCAAGCUUCUGUACAGCUUUUUUAUAUACUACUGUCUACCUGACAACCAGGGGCAUUAAAAGCAUGUAGCACUUAGGAAAACAAUUGAUUUAAUGUGGGAAUGUAAUCAUUUUAUUUUUAGCCAGUGUUAAAGUAAUGUGUGUUAUGUAGUAUGUGUGAUUUCUUUCUUCUGUUUCUCUUCAUCCUUUACAUGUGCGUAAAGAGGGAGUGAUUGAUUGCUUUAUCAGCAUGUAGAAAAUCCAGCCUUAAAAGAUUACACUGGUGUCGCUCACGUUUUCAGUCAUUUCCAUAAUGCUGUGACACACAAUCCUUUAUCAUGUUGCUGGAUUACAGAUUUAUAAGACGCUUGAUAUCAAAGAGCCAUAACUCAACACAAGAUAAGUGUCUGCUAAGUCUGGCAAUGCAAGACUGCAAACACUGUUUAUAAUUGUUUACAUCAAAACCUCAGAUGGGGUCGGUCUGGUUCGAAGAUCAGCGUUGAAAAUUCACGGACGACGUUACGAGUAUUACAAAAGGAACAAUAUAGGCUACACAUGUCAAAUGGAGUCGUCAAAACACAGUUUUCUUCCUGUAUUAACUGUGCACUUGUGAUUUGUAAUGCUUCUUUCCUGUGAACCAGAGAAAUGUGAAAUUGUGAAGACAAUCAUGAGGUGAACAGGCUGUAUGAUUUAUAGCCCAACCUGUAAUAGUGGAUAACAUGCUGUGAGCACCACUGUCAGACAAUAUGAUGCAUGUAGAUAUAUAGUAUUCUGAUGUUAGUGUGGAUAUAUGUUGUCGAUUACACAGGCAUCUAUAUAUUUGAUAUUAUAUUGUAGUGGGUUGAAUAUUGUGCAACAGCACAGUGUGAACACUUAUUUGGCAACUCGACAAUCACAUAGAUUUGUAUUUAAUUUGUUUAUUUUUCUUUUGUGAAAGAGAAACUGUUGUGAGAGAAGUCAAUUAAUGUGAGUGUCCAUUUGACUUCAAACCCUUUAUGUGGCCUACAUUUGAGUCAGAGUCAUUACAAUGUGCAUGUUUGAAAAGAUGUUUAAGAUUGUUUGAUUGAAUCUUGCUUUUUUAUAUGUUGCUUAUUUUCUCUCCCUGUCCGACACUUUUCUGUUUGUGCUUCUCUCAGGAAGGAAGCAAAACAGGAAGUAUUUUAACCUUUUCACUAUGUUGUAUUUUCUUUUAUGACUUAUUAUUAAGGUGUAUCAUAUAUUGAAUAAAAAUUGUGUUUUGUU